AUGGAGCCAGCAACUGUCACCGUAUCCCGGAAAAUUGAUACCGGAUCAUUGAUCUAUCAUGGAAUUCCAUACCUAAUCAUCCUUCUCUAUCACACUCGACGACACGUACGAGUGUACAGCUCCAAGUUCUCCAAGAACAAGACAUGUCUCUACAUACAUAUCAGCACUGGGAUCAUCGAAUCGGCCCGAUACCACAUCACCAAGGCCCGACAUGGUAAUGACGAUCUCCUCCCCGGAAUAAUGGACGUGAUUUCCUGCCUCAUCUGGUCAUGGUCCAGCGUGAUCCUGGUCAAGACGCUUCGUCGCGGCGAUCCACUGACCACUCGCCCUCCUUACCAAGUUGCUGCGUUUAUGCGCCCAGUCGUCUGCAUCACAUCUUACUUCCUCAAGUCACCCAGCCUACACAGAGUGUCUAUAUCUGCGCUUGAUAGCUUCGUGUAUGCCCGAUUGGCAAUCUUUUUCCUAAUAUAUACACCCUAUCUCCCCGGAUACUCGUACAGCACGAUUUACUCGUUUUCCAUUCCCCUGGCUGCGCUUUUCAGUGUUUAUUCGAGUCGUGUUCGUGGUGCCUCUUUGCUGUUUUUCCUCUUCACGGCCUAUGUUGCGAAGUUGAAUAAGUGGGUGACGCAGAGAUCAAGAGCCUUGCAGGGGUCUCAACCUGAGUCACAUUUUGAUCUACUUGAAAGAUAUCUUCUUACUGGGUUGCUCUAUCUUGGCUUCGCCGAGUUGGAGACCCUGCGAGAAGUUACCAGGAGCGACGCGUUGACGAAGCCUAUCGAUGAUGAGUAUGUGCCGAAAUCGGAACGUAUGAGCUGA